AUGGGUACGGGCCGCGACGCGACGCUAUUCCGCUGCCAGGCGACGCUCCUCUCCGCCGGGAAGCAGCUUCCGCCGGCGCCGACGCUCCUCCCUGCCCGCCAGUCCGUUCCGACCUCGUCCUCCUCCACUCCUCCCCGGUCUCCGCCCAGCUCGUCCUCCUCCCCGCAUCGAAGCCUCGAAGGGCCUCCCCACCGGCCAACUCCCCGCCGCCCAGUACCCUCCCCGGCGGUCAUCUCCUCGAAGAGCUCUAUGAAGGAGAAGAGUUCCAGUCCGAAGAAGAAGAGUUUGGUGAAGAUGAGGAUGACUAUGUGA